AUGACUAAUACCAUAGCCAUCCACAGCUCAGCUGCGCCUCCAGUCGUCACUUUCCCCCAAGCAUUACCCACACAGCAACAACAACAACAGCAGCAGCAGCAGCAGCAGCAGCAGCAAGAGGCAUUGGAUCUGGCUGCAAACUACAAGGUCCCUCUCGAGAACAGUGGCAGCGACAGCAUCAACACCAGCACCAUCAAGGUCCCAGUGCCCGACACAGCCGAUAGAACACGCAGCAACACCUUCAACAACAACUAUAGCAUAAUCAACCCGCCCAAUCAUGCAAACAGCACUAUUAUCGGAAUCCCGCCCUCUACUUCAGCCCCUGCCCUCCCCCUCUCAAACAGCAGCUCUCAAGGUCCAAGGACCAACUCUGCAACCAAGCCCGCAGUCGGAACAUUUGCUACCACUACUGUUGCAGCGAAGGAUUACACAACACCGACUGCAGCUGCAGCUGCAGGCGUGCCUGUCUCCGCCACGUCCUCCGCAACGCCUUCGCGCAGCUCCAGCACGUCGAACCGAGGCGGGGGCGCUGGCGUGUCAACCGCAGGAUCGUCAACCCCUCUCUCUGCUACACCGCCAAUGACACCGCGUAUGACACAUGAAAUUGCAGAUGUUGGCGACUCUGAGACACCAGCAACAGCUGCAGCUGCAGCAGUAGCAGAGGCAUUAUUAUCAGUGACGCUCGUGGACGCCGAGAACGCGAAUCAUCCCUCAGCACGGAAUCGCGCUCUGAAACAAGCGCAAGCUCAUCCCACCCUUACUCAACAAAUGGCUAUGCCUCCAAUUGCGACCAGCUCCAUAUCGCCUGGACCCUUCUCUGCCGCAGCCUUGAUUUCUUCAACUGCCGCGCCUAUAGCAGUAGCAACCUUGGGACAGCAACCACAGCCGCAGCAGCAGCACCAGCAGCAGCACCAGCACCAUCACGAAGUUCCUGUUGUCUAUGGCGCUGGCGGCAGCUCGUUGCCCCAAUUCACCUUGACUUCUACUUCAGGGACUGCUGCUGCGACUGCAGAGGAUGACGUCUUGUCCUCGAUGGCAUUUGUCAGCUCGCCGACCAGCUAUCAACACCCUUUGAGCCCUCUUUCCCCGCUCCACAACUCUCAACAACAACAGCAGCAGCAUACUGUUUAUUCAGCAGACGCUUUCCAGUACCAGUACAUGCCUGUCAUCGCUGAGGAAACCAACCUGCCAGGAACAACAGCUGAUGAUACCCUUUCAGAAGAUACGACCAGAGAUGCGUUGUGGCAACAACAGCAAUAUCAGCAACAACAGCUCGGACAGUUCCGUGAGACCAUCGACAGCGCUGACAGCAGCAUUGGGGGUGGUGGGUCAGGUUUUUUCCCGCUGCCGGUAACGAGAGCAAGCACUUCGAUGGCAACGUCGCAUCUUAUCACACACGACCUUCGACAGUCGUCUGAGGGGUCGCAUAUUGUCGAUGGUGCAGGGCCGGUGGUGUUGAUGGCGAUUGGAAAGACUGGACAGGGCAAGUCGUCGCUGUUGAACAAGAUCAUGGGCACCAGCGAGCUCAAAGCCAGUGCAUCUGUCCGGGCUGUAACAAAGGGCAUCGCAGAACGAACGGGAUGGGGACGGUUUGAGGACAGUAGGCGGGUACUUGUUACGCUGUCGGACACUCCAGGACUGGCGGAUACGGAGGGAGAUGACGAGAAGAAUAUACCCAUCCUUAAGGAAUAUAUCCGAUCCAUAGGCACACGACUGGGUGUCACCGCUUUUCUGUUGGUCUUUAAAAUUGAUUCUGGAGUGGAUAUGAUUUUGACGAUCCUGACGACGUUCAACGAUAUCAUGCAAGAAUUCCCAAACUUUUGGGAUAACGUUGUCCUGGUGUUUACAGGAUGUGAUUACCGCCGGAACGUGAUGAACACGAAGCAACUGUAUCAUGAGGAGAUUCAGGCGCAGCUGCAGGAGCUUUUUUUUAAGGAGCGGUACAGGAAUGCCAAGGGCAACGGUGGAUCAUCGCCGCCGUCAACAGCGCCAGGGACAGCAACACCAUCCACAGCGACAACAGGAGCGACGACAACCUUGGAGGAGGGCGAACCACCGGUAGUGCCGAUUGUAUUUUUAUCGUGUGCGGAGGCGCCGUGCGGGUUCUCGUUGGGCGAAAAGUGCGAUUGUAGGGCGCGGACGACGUUUCUAAACGCGGGGAUUAAGCGGCUUUGGUAUGCAGUGCGGAAUAAGCGGCGGUGGGUCCUGGAUCAGGAUGAAGAUGAUGAUGGCCUGCUUGGGCAUACCUAGAAUGCACACUCUGCCUAUAGACG